AUGGUGGAAAAGAGCGCCAGAAAUACGUACAACAAAUCAAAAAACGGGGAAAAGAAGAAACUGGAAGCACUGAAGAUGGAGAAAAUUCGGAACCAACAUCGGAAUCACGAAUGGAUUGAGAACACGACCAACGUAGAACUACCGGACUUCGUGGAGAGAACCCUUCUUCUCGGACCGAACUUCAACAUCCAGAACAAGAAGACGAUUCCAUACGUGAGAUUCGUGGCCGACGUGGAGACAGCGAUCAGGCGAAUCCCCGAAGCAGAACACAUCAGAGGGGAAAUAUCUACGAUCAUGUCGAACUACGUCAACUAUCAACGACAGCCCAUGACGAAAGAAAACGAGUGGAUACUCAAAGACGUACUGAAAAGCCGAAAAUUCUUGAAGGAACAUCCCGAACUGUACGUAACGAAAGCGGAUAAAGGGAAUAAGACGGUCGUGUUGGCAGCCUCGGAGUAUCGUGAAAAGAUGGCGGAAAUGUUCUUAGCGAACAUCUUGGGUAGUAUAGUGGGGAAAACACAAUAUCACGUCAAAAACAGUUUCGAAUUUGCGGAAGAAAUCUCGACCGUAGUGAUUCCAGAAGGCAGUAUCAUCUACUCCUUGGAUGUAGUAUCACUUUACACCAACGUUCCAGUUGAGAAAGUAUACGAACUCGUAGAAGAAAAGUGGGAACAACUACAAGAAUGCACCACUAUUCCUUGGGAAAGUUUCAAACAUGCAAUGAAGACGGUUCUUGAGGCAUCUUUCUUCCAAUAUGAAGGAAAAUUCUACAGCCAAACAGCGGGGGUGCCCAUGGGAUCCCCCCUUUCACCGGUUGUAGCCAACAUCAUCAUGGAAAAGGUGGAACAGGAGGCCAUAACACAGCUGGAGGAGAACAACAUCACCAUCUCAUACUACAGAAGGUACGUCGACGAUUGCUUCGUAGUCGGCAGAAGAGAGGAAGUGGAGAAGGUGGUGGAACAGUUCAACGCAGUGGAUGAGAAACUGAAUUUCACCGUGGAGCAAGAAACGAACGAGUCACUCCGGUUUCUGGAUCUCACGCUCUCGAGAGAGGGUGAGAGAAUUAGAAAAAUUUGGUUUCCAAAACAACGUGACGGCAGAUACCUGGACUACAACUCAGAGAGCCCGCACACGCACAAAAUGAACACUAUGAUCGCGCUUAUUGACCGAGCACUGAAGCUAACAGAUGUCGAACGAAGGGAGGAAAGCAUUCGAAUGGUCAAACACAUUCUCCGCAAUAAUAAUUAUCCAGAGAACCUCAUCCAACGCACGAUAAAGCGUCGGGUUCAUCUCAUAUACAACACUCUUGAGAACGAACGCGAGAAUGGGGAACAAAAAAGGACUGGCAGUAAUCACAACGUGUUUUACACUCAAGCGGAAAACGGCCCAGUCCCCCAGCAAUUGAUUGUUGGGGGAGUACCUCCGAAUCAAAUCCCUCAAACCGUGCCAUUGAAUCCAAAUCAGCAGCAGAAUGUACACCAGUGUGCAACGGUCAACAGAAGAUAA